AAUGUUCAAAAGUGCUACUGCGAAUAAGAAACAAGAUGAAUCUGAUUAUUCAAAUGUAUAGAUUUGAUCAUAAAUUGAUAGAGAAAUGCAUCACCUAGUUAAAAUUAAGAUCGUAUCAAUGAAUUGAAUAGAGUAUUAUAAGGAUUAUCCACUAAUAAUAAAGAUGAUAAAGUAAUUAAUAUUUUUAAUUAAUUUUAGAAUAGAAGAGAUUUAUAUUUUCAAAAAAUAAAAAUACUUGAGGAGAGAAUUCAAAAAGGAGAAAUUAAUGAUAAUUAAAAAUUUAGAGUAUACAUAUAUAUAUAAAUUUUUAGUUACUUUAUGAACAAUAUGAAAAGUUAGAAGAAACUUUAUAUAGCGAAAGAGAUUAAAGAUAGGUAAAAUAGAAAUUAAUUGUAGUUAAUAUGUGAAAAAAGUUUGAAAUCAUUAACUUUAAUUGAGAAAAACUUUUCAUUAUCUUUGAAUGAAGAAUAUUCUAGUAGAAAAGUAAAUGAAUAAGAGAUUUUUGCUGAAAUUGAUGAUAAAAUUUAAGCAAUGAAAGGAGAAUUAAAAAAAGAUAAUAUUUAAAGAACUGAAUAUGAAGAAAAACAAAUUGAAAAUAUUGAAAAAGAACUUGAAGAAUUAAGAUAUUAUUUUGAAUAAGAAAAAUAAAUAAGAGAUCAAAAUGCUGAAAAAUUAAUAAGAGGGUUUGGUGAAGAAAUAUUAAGAUUGUAAGAAUAAUUGAGUGAAGAAAAAAGAAUCUCAGAAGAAUCAUACGAAACAACAAUUAGAUUAUUAUAAGACUUAGAUUAAUCUAUUUAAAAUGAUUUAGAAGUAUAUAUAUUAUUCUAUUUAUUUUUUUUAGUAAGAGUAAUUUUUAAGAGAGAAACAAGAGAAAUCUUUAUUAAAAUUAUUGGAAUCAACAUGCUAAAAGAUUGAAUAAUCUUUAUUAUCAUGA